CUGUUCAAAUAAGGUGUGAAAACUACAUAUGUUCAUCUACUGGUUGAAAACUCUUUAUGCAAUGAAUUGGAUCAAAAAUUAAUCAAGGGACUUGUACAUUACGUAUUCCAUACUUCAGUAGCAAAUUUAUCAAAUAUAGAAGUCCAAUAGCUGAUUUGCUAGUUACCCCAAAGUUCAGUGACCAUUUCUGUAAUGGACCUUAUCUAUCUUUCUCUUCUGGCAGAAAUCAGAAUCGGCAGCCGCAUUUCAGUCCGUUUCUGGGAUUUCAAUUUCAGUCGCAGACACAUCGUCGGAGAUCUCACCGUCCCGUUUGCCUCCCCACUCCCCGAUUUCUUGUCUCGUCUCAUCCCAUCCAUAAUCAGGUAAGCGAAAUUCUCUCCAACUCCAUUCUUUUCUUUGGGUGUUCAAUCCUUCAUAUGGGUUCUUCCCACAACCCGGAUAAUCCUCUCAACCUUCUUCACAUCCCCAAUGAUGGAAUCCAUCAUUUCCCCCGGAAUUCAAACCUUCGGUCAAAUAAUUAUGCCGCCAGGUGCCACCACGGGUGAAACCGAUAAGGGUCUUCUUGCUCAUGCUCCGAACUGUCGGCCAAUUAUAAUGAUCAUGCCGGCAAUCCUUUCUUUGAUGAAUUUCCAUGGGUGUGACGUUAAUAUGCUUGUGGGUAAUAACGGCAAUUCUUGACUGUUAAUGCUUCGGGCAGCGACUCGGAUUUGAAUUUCGGAGGAAGCACAUGGCAACCGUCUCAUUUUGUUGGCCUUCUUGGUUGAGUCUGUAGUUUUAACUUGGAAGAAAGAGUUUGGCAGUGGUUGGUGUUUAUGGAGAUAUAUUUCUGAUAAUUUCUUGCUGGGGGGUUCUUGGAUACUGUUGGGACUGGGGAUCGAUAAGAAAGAUAGGAGACUAUGACAAUGGCUGCAUUGUUUGCUGUUCGGUUCAGAAGUUGUUUGCUUCUAUUUGUUCGAUAGUUGGAUUCAUCUUUUCUUAUUGUUAUACCCACCACAAAUGAUGUGUUACUCAAGAAGGCAACCAAUUCUCUGUUGCAGGUACUCUCCUUUUUGGCGGUCUGGGAGAUAAUAAAUGUCAGAUAUGGAGGAUGUUAAACAUCAAGAUGGAAAUGUGGCCGAGGAUAAUAACUCUGCCCCGCCUUCUAAAGAGGAGGAAGAAGCUAUGAAGAAAAAGUAUGGUGGCAUCUUGCCUAAGAAACCACCACUCAUUUCGAAGGAUCAUGAACGUGCAUACUUUGAUUCAGCUGAUUGGGCACUUGGAAAGCAAGGUGUUGAGAAGCCCAAAGGACCACUUGAGGCUCUUCGGCCUAAGUUACAGCCCACACAACAGCAAACACGAUAUCGGAAGUCUCCAUAUGCACCAGCGGGUGGUGAAGGAGGUGCUACAUCUGAGGAUGCAGCUUCAAACGAAUGAAAUGGAAAGCCUGCUAUUGAUGGCCCUGACAUGGUGAGAGAAACUCCUGAUUGUCAUUCUGGCUGCAUGCCUCCUUGCUUGGGUGAAUGAAGAAAGUGUCUGAUGCUGUCGAGAAUAAAGUUGGUUUCAUUUUGCUGAAUUACUUGUGGAAAGACCCAAAAAUGGCUUUACAUUUCUAUUAAGUCACCAAAGGCUCUUUUCUGUGUCGGUGUACCUCUUUACAACAUGCUCUACUAUAUUUCGGCCACCCUUUUCUUUUGAAGCAAUAUUGCAGUGUAGAAAAGCUGAAUUGCUGGAUCUGACAUCUCUAAACAACUUGGGACUGAGCUUUUGGAGGUCAAACUGUUCCAUAAAGCAUAGAUAUAAUCACAGGGUGUUUGAAUAGAAGAAGAAUUUUGGUAACCAAAAUGGCUUGCGUAAAACUUUGAAGUGGUGAAGAGCAGGGGUUAUAUUUAAUUCUAAAUUCUAUUGAUCAUAAAUAUAUCAUCAUAACCAAAUUGAUCAAACUAAUCUAAUAACUAAAUUAACCAAAUUAAUAUUUAACUGGUUUGAUUAAUUGGUUAAUCGAGUUAGCCAAUAUAACAUAACACUAUUUUUAUGAGAGAGAAAAAAUCACAUGCUAAUGGGUCGAUCUGUAAUUUAUAUAAUGAACAAAACAUGACAAUGAACACAAGUUAAUCCUUAAAAUAAAUAAAUGCAACUAACACAAUUAUCUUACCGUUAGAUUAGAAGUAGCUGACUAACAAAAAUAUAUAUACCAAUGGUACGAGGUUACUGAAUUGGCAAUCCAAUAUCGCGUCUAGAAACUUGAUAGACGAGAAAUCUGAGAGUUACAAUCCAGCACACUAAUACAUGUUUUGUGUGAUAAAUCCCAAUUGAUCAAACUCUUAGCAUAUCUAUUAUGGACGAUGAAGUGAGUCAGAUCUUGGUGAAAGAGCAGAGACGGUUGCCGGUAAGCCAAAAUUCAUCAGAUACCAAUUCAUCACCAUGCUUUCUUUCCCUCAUUUGAUAUCUUUUCGAUUGUUCGUCGUUAAUUGACCGGUAUCAAAGAUUAACCAUCUAAUGUUAAUUUUCGAACCAAUGUAGUUAAAAGCACGAUUCUACGUAGAAGUGUUUUGGUGAUCUAAAAACAUAAAAGGGUAAGCUUUAAAACGCGAUUUUGACUACAUUAUUUAGGAAAAUCACAAUUUUAUGUAAAAACAUUUUGAUGAUUUUGAAACGUAAAAACGUAAGCUCUAAAACUUUAAAGUACAAUUUUGACUACAGGCUGCUAGGGACAAGUCCUUAUCGUUGUUGUCUAACUUGUAUUUGUAUUCCUUGUUACUAGUGAUUGUUAGUGAUCUUAUUGGAGUUGUUUUUGUCUCAUCUCAUGCGUUACCAAGUCAAACAAGUAAGGCAAAUUCUUUUUGUCUCUUCUUCCAUGGAAGCUUCUCAUCGAUCCCUCGAGUUCACAAAACCAUUAUCUGAUCCCUCAAAAUGGUGGUGUUUGUCUAAUAUUGGAUUUGAAGUCCCUUAAAUCUGGGUUGCUUAGGCUUGUUUCUUUCUUGGUAACCUUGUGUUUGUUCUUGAUUUUGUCAUACAUGUUGACUUUUACAAGUAUGUAUAUUAAUACUACUUUACAUAUAAGAAGAUCUAUCCAAUUCUAAAUGAUCCUUCUUUUAUGAAAUGCAAAGCCAUUUAUUGUUUAUUUUUCUUCAGAUAGUUGUUUUGAAUAAUUUAUGAAAAUGCUG